CACAUCAUCUUCGACGACACUGCCCUCAUGCCCUGCUGACAACGCCUGCAUGCUCUCACGCCUACCCAUACGCCUCCAUUCCGGCCCAUCUCACCUCACACGUCCCAUCUGCCCACAACUUCACGCCUCGUUACGUCAUGUCAUCCGUUCCUGCAAACCCUGCCCCCCUCGCCCCAUUUUGGCCAUCGCUACUUACUUCGUCCCCUGUAUUUUCUUCACUGUCGUCGUCGUCGCCCCCGCCGUCCGUGAGCAAGCUCGAGUCAAAAAUCGAUCAGAGGUUUACCGUUUUUCGGCUCGCUGAGUGGCUGAGCUGUCGUAUCCUCGACCUGUGGCGCGAUCAGGAUUCAUUGACAUGGAGAGCAAGAGUGUAUGCGUCGCAUCGAGGAGACGUAAUGAGCAAGCGUUGAUGUAGAGGUGGAAGUAGAAGGACAAGGGAGAGAGGGGCAGAAGGACGGAUGACUAUCUGGCUAGAUGACGACGCAACGAAUCGU